CCCACACCCGUUUCUAUCUGUUACUGAUUUCUCAAAAUUUUCUGGAUUCCCCUUUUAUCUCUUAGUGAGCGAGGGUACACGCACACGUGCCCAUACAUGCGUUCAGAAUAGAGUAUGGGGCUUAUUACCAUGCCCCUCCUCUCCAAAUCUUUAAUCCUUUGAAGAAAAAUGGCUGAAAGAGAGAAACCCUGGGUCAUUCCUCAGACAAAUGCCCAUUUAAGCAUCAUCUUCACCUGGUGGAAAAAACAAAGAAUUUCAUGCAUCUUGUGGAUCACCCUCAGGUCAAAGUUCCAGCAGAGUGACGAGAGAAAGUAUACUGAAAGCCACCAGCAAUACACUUUUUAGUCACCAAUGAAGAGCCCAAGGGAGGAUAAUGGAGCGGGAGAGUGGGUCAAGGCUCAGUGUGUGAUCAUCUCUUGCGUAAUGUGUAUGCAUUACUGUUAUGUGUAUCAGCAGUCGCAAGAGCUCACAUUUACUAACGUAGCCACUAAAAUCUGGUGUCUUGCAUGCUUUAUAAUCCGCAAAACAACCCUAUGAGUUGAGUAAUGUUAUUCCUGUUUUAGAGAGAAAACAAUUCAGAAAAGCUCGGUAUUUUGUGCAAGAUCACACAGCUAGUAAAUGGCCGAGCUAGGAUUGUGAACCCAGGAAAUCUCCAGAGCCUCAGUGCAUAACCAUGAUGUCAUAAUAUUAUCCUUUAAAAACAAAAUUAAAACCUUGCCAUUAAAAAAAAAACCUUGGCACAUACCAUCUCUUAUUAGGAAAAGACCACAGUUUCUAAUUGUGCUCUGCCUUCCCAUCCUCCCAGCCUCCCCAGCUGGCUUGGAGAAGGCAAAGCACCAAGGGUCCCAAGCUUCAUCUGCUAUUUCCAGGAGCUUGCUGCUGCCUCCUGUGCCCGUGUCCCGGCUCUGCAGGAUCAGCAAGGAACCACUGCGCCUGCGCCUGCUGGAGAACUUGGGAACCCAUUUGAACUCCAGCCUUGCCAUACAUUGGGAUUCUCUCCUGGCCCUAGCCAGUCCUCCACACUUGUUGGGAAGCCCUAGCCUGAGAAUAAUCAGAUGCCUCAUCAUUACAUCAUAAUGGCCAAGUUGUGAUGUCACUGCAGAGCACCCACUCUUUAGUACACACAUUGUAAUUGAAACCGGAUAUGCUGAAGGGUAGAGUCAGCAUGAGGAGCAGAACCCCAAGAAGAGCUAUCUCUGAAGGGCACAAAUCAGAAAGCACCAUGCCUCCUAAUAAAGAGGCCAGCGGUCUUAAUAGCUCCCCUGCGGGGCUCAUCUGUCUCCCUCCCAUCUCUGAGGAGCUACAACUUGUGUGGACCCAAGCAGCCCAGACUAGUGAGCUGGAUGGCAAUGAACACUUGCUACAAACCUUCAGCUACUUUCCGUAUCCCAGUUUAGCAGACAUUGCCCUUCUCUGCCUACGCUAUGGGCUGCAGAUGGAGAAAGUCAAGACUUGGUUCAUGGCCCAGCGCCUCCGCUGUGGCAUUAGCUGGUCAUCCGAAGAAAUUGAAGAGACUCGAGCCCGAGUAGUCUACCAUCGGGACCAACUCCAUUUCAAAUCCCUUCUCUCUUUUACUCAUCAUGCAGGGCGGCCCCCAGAGGAGGUGCCUCCUUCUCCAGUGCCACCUCCAGAACAAGUUGGUCUUGGAAUAGUUCCCCUGACUCUUGGCGAGCCCACCCAGAUGAAAGGAUUGAAGGUAGAGCCCUCAGAGCCCUCAGAGCCACUGAGUCACCAGAAAGCAAAGGAGCCCCUGAUGGCACCUGGCAGUGGGGCAUUCCCCCACCAAUCACAAUUUUGGCAGGAUCUUCAAAGCAGUGGCCUCUCUAAGGAGCAGGCAGGCAAGGCUCCCAACCAGUCACACGGCCUAGGUACUGCUUCCUGGAACCACUCCACAGCUGUCCACCAGCCCCGUGCUCGGGAUAAGCCUCCACCCGUCUCAUUACUUGCCAGUAGUUGUAAGAAGGAGUCAGCAUCUAAUGUGACUCCUCCUUCCUCUACCUCUUCUUCCUCUUUCCAGGUACUGGCUAAUGGAGCUACUGCCACCUCUAAACCCCUCCAGCCACUGGGCUGUAUCCCACAGCCGCUGUCACCCAAUGAACAGGCACUACGCCCACAGUUGGAGCCAGCCUGGCCCCAGGGGCUAAGGCAUAACUCAGCACCUGGUAGGGUUGGCCCUGCAGAGUACCUUUCCCCAGAUAUGCAACGUCAGCGAAAGACCAAGCGCAAAACCAAAGAGCAGCUGGCUAUCCUCAAAUCGUUUUUUUUACAGUGCCAGUGGGCACGGCGUGAGGAUUACCAUAAAUUAGAGCAGAUCACUGGCUUACCUCGGCCUGAGAUUAUUCAGUGGUUUGGUGACACACGCUAUGCCUUGAAGCAUGGGCAACUAAAAUGGUUUCGGGACAACGCAGUACCUGGUGCCCCUAGUUUCCAGGAUCCAGCAAUUCCUACACCACCACCUUCAACCCGCUCCUUGAAUGAAUGGGCUGAGACACCACCUCUGCCGAUCCCCCCACCCCCACCAGAUAUACGACCCUUGGAAAGGUACUGGGCAACCCACCAACAGCUACGGGAAAGUGAUAUCCCUCAACUGAGUCAGGCAUCAAGGCUUAGCACCCAGCAGGUACUGGAUUGGUUUGACUCUCGAUUACCUGAGCCAGCUGAAGUGGUGGUUUGUCUAGAUGAAGAGCAGGAAGAGGAGGAGGAAGAACUGCCAGAAGAUUAUGAGGAUGAAGAGGAGGAGGAGGAAGACGACGACGACGACGAUGAUGAUGUGAUCAUCCAGGACUGAGGGUGCACUGGGGGAGGGGAGGUCUGUUACUAAAAGACGAACCAACUUAGUAACUGUUUAAACAAAGAAACCACAUUUUUUUACUUACCUUGUGGCAAAGAACUGAAAAGCUUUGUGUUUUUGAGGGUGGGGGACAGCGGGAUGUAGUAAGGGUGGACCAGGGAGGAUGAUCAUGGAGGACAAAGCAAGGUGGGGAUUGGAUGGGCAGAAAUCCAGGCCUGCAGCCUCAAUGAGAAGAGUGCUAUGGGUCUGGUCCAAACUAUGGGGCCGGGAAAAGGCUCUUGCUCUCCUCGUAUUGGCUGUUCUUUCCCCUUAGUGUACUACGGCCUACAUCUAUGGAGGACUAGAAAGGAGGUGUAAAGAUUCCAGUACAUCCCCCAGUCCCACCCCACCAUUUUCCUUGGAAUAUAAGGCUGCCUUGCACCCCUUCUUUUCUCUCUGAGCACAAGUCCACACACAAUGCAGCCAAGAAUCUCAGUAUGUCCCAGUCAAUCACAAAUACUUCCUCUUCCUUAUACCAGCUUGACUUUAUAUGUUUUCCUGCUGCUUUAUUGAGUCACACAGGGAGCAGAAUGUUUUCGUUUCUAAUACUGGACCACUAUGCCUUGUACCUUUUUAUCUUUCCCAAACCCCCAUUCUGUUCACUAUUUGUCUCAGGGUAAAUCUUGCCCCCGGAGCUUGUGAAAAAGUUUAAUAAUUGGGUGGAGAAUAAUUUAGACUGGAUAUUUAUUGGAGGUGGGAAUUAGGGGAGAUGUCCUUUAAAAAAAAGUAGAAUUAGAAUUACAGAGAGGUAGAGAGGAGAGGGAAUGGUUUCUACUGUUCGGAAGGACAGUGCAGGUAGGUUCCAGGUUUGGUUUUACAAACCUGACAGUCCCUCCUGCCUAGCUUGACAUAGACUGAUUUUUUUAUCUUUUUGGUGUUGGUUUAAUGUGUCCAGAAAAGAGACUUUUCCCUCACUUUAUACGAUCUGUCUUGGAGACAGAGGGACCAUGGUCCUUAACUGAAUUAAUUGAUGUUUUAGAAUGGUUUUCAUCAGUUGGGGUCGGAUAUAAAGGUAUCAGUGGGUUAACCAUCUAGAAAUAAAAAAGUGGAAAGCCCCAAAUUGCUAGAAUAAUAAUAAAAAGGCCAAAAAUAAAAUUGUUUCUCUCACUUCCACUUUGCCACUUCUAUGGUUUAGAGAUUAAUGGAGCCAAAUCCAUUAACUUUCUGAUUUAGUAUACUUUUUAUUUAUUUUUGAAGUGGCAGGAUAUAGUGAGGUAAAGUAAAAGAACAAAAACUUGAAAAGUUAGUAGAUCAGUAUCUAUCACUAGGCAGACUUUUUUCUGCACCUGCUACAGCACAGGCUCUUGCUCAGAAGAGAGGGAGUUUAGAAAUGCCUUUAAAAUAAAUUCAGUUUCAGAAAGGGUAGUGGGAUCCUAUUCAGCUACAAGGUCAUUCCCAAGACCAAAUUUAUUUCUGGCAGAUGCUAUCUUUACAUUUUUCCAAUAUUUUUGCUUAAGGUAUGCCUGCCAGUGGCCUACCCAUUUAAUCCCUCAUUUCUACCCCUUAGUACCCAAAGAAGAAUAAAUGUUUGAUCUCAGUGGUAGUGUUCUUUGCCCAUUCCACCAUUUGAGAGCUUGUAAUACCAAUAGAGUUGCAGUAGCAAUAAAAGGACAUCCUCUUUA